UCAUCUCCGCGUUCUCCGUGACUGUCGAAGAGCAAUGGCGGCGAGCCGGGGAUCUUCUUCGAGAUGGGUUUUCAGCCGGGAGCAGCUCGAAAGCACGCCGUCUCGCCGAUGCGGAGUAGAACCGGACCGAGAGCUGUCUUACCGGCAACAAGCGGCGAAUCUGAUCCAAGACAUGGGACAGAGACUCAAUGUCUCUCAACUAACUAUAAAUACAGCAAUUGUUUACAUGCAUAGAUUUUACAUGCACCACUCGUUCACCAAAUUUCACAGGAAUACAAUAUCUCCUACGACGCUAUUUUUGGCCGCCAAAGUGGAAGAACAGCCACGGAAACUGGAAUAUGUGAUUAAAGUGGCGCACGCCUGCUUAAACCCCCAAGAAUCACCUCUUGACACUAAGAGUAAUGCCUACCUCCAGCAAGCUCAAGAGCUGGUGAUACUUGAAUCCAUAGUGCUGCAGACGCUUGGCUUUGAAAUUACUAUUGAUCACCCACACACUGAUGUGGUGAAAUGUUCCCAGCUAGUGCGAGGUAGAAGCUUCUUUCUUUGCUUUUUGUGCCCUCUGCUCUUAUCUACGUCCGCCUCUGAAAAUAGGCGCGUGGACCCGCGACAGCCCGAUGACUUGAUUGCUCACCUUGGAAUACAUUUUGACUUUGUUGGCUGACGAUUGGACGCUCGAGACGCACGCGAGGCCAAGUCCAAGACCGAAUUGGAAGCAUUUGCGCUCAUGUCGCAGUGAUACUUUGUGCUACAGUGACUCGGAUCACGCCGAUACAGGAUGUCGCAAUGGUCGCCGUCCUCUUCCGUUUUUCUAUUUUAUUUUCAGGCAUCAUUUGGCCUGCCUUAGGCUUUUAGGCCUUUGUAAGAAUGGCCUCAACUUGCCCCUGGCUCGCCAGUUAAAGUUGAAACAAUGUUGCAGAUUGUGGCAGCAGGUUUUGCAGCUCGGUGCCCGUUUGAGGAGCGUUUUAGCUGUCGCGCUUCUCCGUAGGACAAUUUAUGCUAUCCGUGGCAAGUUUCUCGAAACAGGAUUUAUUUUUGGCACAUGUGGCCCAAUUGUAAAAUCAGCCCGGCGUCAACUUUGUGCCACUCACAAGAAAGUGUCAGCGCGACCAAAUUAUAAUUUGUGCUUCUUUUCCAUUUUGGUCUUGGCCGAAUGCUUUUCAAUGGGCGUCAAAGCACAAAGGAAAAAAAAAACGACGUGUGAUUUUUCUCGCAAAUCAAAAGAACGCAGACGGCACAAAAGCAAACGCUUUCCCGUUGUUGUUGUUUUUGGAGUUAACGAAAUUGUAACGACUUUCCCCUGUCAUGUGGUUUGUCUUUGUGUCUCCCACAGCGAGCAAGGAUCUGGCACAGACUUCUUAUUUCAUGGCUACCAACAGGUUGUUAUCCUGCCCCUCCUUUGUUGCACUUUGACUGCACACCGUUGCUUCCCGUAAUGCAGGGUACCCUUUCAGUGUCCAACGGGCCCUCCUUGCGACGGUGGCUGUCGGGAUGCCGGCCUGCGGCCCGCCGCCGCCCUCCCUCCUUGCAAAAGGGGGAGGGCGGGACGGGGGCUGCUGGCUUGUGGCGUUCCCGGCCCCGGUCGCGGUGCGGUGUAUUGUACAAGGGACCAUGUGUUGGCACCGAUGGGUUGAAUGCAAGAUGCGAAGUGUAGUGGUGCGCUUGAAACGCCACAUGUUUAUUCGGUUGCGAAAAAGUGCAGAGUUCGAAAAGACACUUUGGUAGCCUGAAUAGCCGCGAAAGAUUUCACAGAUGUAAACAUUUCUCAUAGAGGCCCUUCCGGUAAGUACCGCAAAAUCUUUUUUUUUUUU